AUGAUUGUCAUAACAAUAAAAGUUGUGGGAACUUGGAAAUUAUGUACCUUUUGGCACCCAGACAGGUGUGCCAUGCCCAGCAAUUUUUUCAUCAACUGCAGCACAGGGGAACCCAUACUAGGUGAAAAUUUGUUGGUUACCAAGAUAUCCAUCCAAAAUCAUGAGAUAGGCAUCGAGGCGUACGCUGGCAGAUCAUGUUACGACCAGGAUGGACAACUGAUAUACGAAAACCGGCCGACCCUGACUUUGCCCUUUUAUGCGAUCUCCAGUUCCAAGAACAACUUCAUUGUCGUCGGCUGCGACUCUUAUGCCUAUCUUCUGGGGAGCUACCAGAAUGACAACAACAACUACUCCACCGGCUGCACUACUACAUGCACCAGCAUGGAAAGAGUCUCUGCCAAUGGUACUUGUUCUGGUAUUGGUUGUUGCCAGACUGACAUUCCCGCUGGCCUCCAGAACACUGAAAUCCAAACCUAUAGCUUUACCAAUCAUACAGAUGUAAUGCAUUUCAACCCCUGCAGCUAUGCCUUCGAUGUUGAACAGGACAGGUUCAAUUUCUCCCAAGCUUUUCUUGCCAACUUCACCCCUGAGACUCAGCCGCUGGUGCUUGAGUGGGCUAUUGAUAAUGAUACUUGUGGAGGGAAUGCCACUGCUCAUAACCUGGAUGACCUUUCUGGAUACUAUUGCACGUGCAACCACGGCUACUCUGGGAACCCAUAUUUGUCCAAUAGUUGCACAGGUAUAUAUUUCUAGAAUUCAUAUAUGAUGUGCACAACCAAAAUUUGACAGUUUAUCAAACACCGCAUGUGCACUACGUAUCCACCAAUAGGUACU